UGAUUUGAGCGUCAGAGUCCACCCCGGGGGACCCUAGUCCCGCCACUCCGUUGUCUUGUAGGUCCUAUCACCGAGGUCCGACAUCGCCAAGUUCGAGGUCCAAUUCCCGAGGCCCAUUUGCAGAGGUUGCAUGUGAUGGUCGGUCCAAAAACUAUCCUCAGUUGCUAUCUUCAGCAACAUGCAUGAUGGUGAAAUAUGACCGCCAUGAAAGCAUCUGGUGAAGCUCCUAAUAAACUGACCUGAUCGCACGCCUAUAUUGACUUCUGGCUUGCACCCUGAAGUAAGUCUUGCAAGUACCCUAGUGUUUGCAUUUGUUUUACUUGACCAGCCGAAAGUCAGCUUCCACGUUGGGUCCAUGGACCGGUUCAUAUGGGUAUUUAGUGAAUUUAUGCCGUCAUUGCAGAAUUGUGGACAAGUCUGUUAAGAUUGAACCACAUUACCAGUUUCUUUUUGUCGUUUUAUUGUGAUCUUAUAUCCUAUACCUUACAUCCAAUCCUCUCUUUCUCUGACAUUUUCUCCAUGCACUGCAGGUUGUUCUUUUUUCUUUUUUUCUUUUUUUUGUUUGGCUAAUAAAGCAUUGCAGGUAUUAGAAUAUGUACCUCGUGAUUCUCUAUUCCUCCAUGUGCACUGGUAAUUUUGAACUCAUUGUCUAUUAAAUAGUCCAGAUGAUGUGGCCAACAAUAAAAUAAAGAAAACAUAACAAAUAGACCAUAGAAGAUUGAACUAAGAUUGCAUGUCACAGAUACAUCCAAAACCAUACAUGAAUUAUUUGAGGUUGAUGGUUGAAAUACCUUCACUAGAUCCUCCUCCUAUCAUCAAUAAAAAAUUAUGAACCAUCAUCAUCAAAAAGAGUUCCCUUGUGUUGUAUAUACUACCUUGCCCUGGUUUAUUUUUCUGAAGACUAAGCCUUUCAGAAGCUGCCAUGGAAGUUUGUGUCCUUCUAGUUGUUGUACUGUAUGCACUUGAAGUUUCUUGUGCAGAGGCAGGGGGACGAGGCUUGGCAAGCUUAAGACUUGGAAGCUCCCUAUCUGUGGAGGAAGAAGGUGAUUUCUUGAUUUCACCAAGUGGUGCAUUUUCAGGCGGAUUCUAUAAAGUGGGUACAAACGCCUAUUGUUUUUCAAUCUGGUUCACCAAUUCUGUGAACAAAACAGUUGUCUGGAUGGCCAACCGAGAUCAGCCGGUUAAUGGGAUAGGAUCUAAGUUAACACCCCACAGAAAUGGCAACCUCCUCUUGACAGAUUCUGAUGGUUCAUUUGUGUGGUCAACCAACACAUUCUCGGAGCAGUAUGUGGAAGUUCAGCUGCUUGAAACCGGGAACUUGGUGCUGAUCAACCAAAGAGAAAAUAUCAUCUGGGAGAGUUUUGAUUUUCCUACAGACACUAUCCUUCCAAACCAGCCCUUCCUCAGGAAUAUGACCUUAGUGUCCAUGAGGAGUCCUGGUACUUACUUAUCUGGGUACUAUAACUUCAAAUUUGAUGAUAAUAAUGUACUGAAUCUCAUUUAUAAUGGACCUUUAGUUUCAAGUGUUUAUUGGCCAGACCCACAAAAAACUGUCUUUGUUUCUUGGAGGAACCCUUACAAUAGCUCCAGACUGGCAUUUCUUGAUGAUUUAGGAAGUUUCCAUUCAAGUGACAACUUGAAUUUCAAAGGAUCUAAUUUUGGAGUUGGUCUGAGGCGGCGUUUAACGUUGGAUUAUGAUGGGAUCUUGAGACUCUAUAGCCUGGAGGAGUCAACCGGGCUCUGGGAGAUAUCAUGGUGGCCUGGCGGUGUUGAAGCUUGCACGGUUCAUGGACUGUGUGGAGCAUAUGGUAUCUGCAGCUACAACCCUUUGCCCACUUGUUCUUGCCCUGAUGGUUUCUCCAGAUAUGAUCCUUCUGAUUGGACCAAAGGCUGCUCACCUCAAUUCGAUUUGAAUUGUAAUGCAACUGAGCUGGAUUUUGUCAUGGUUCCAAGCACAGACUACACGGGGAAUGACUUGGACAUGGGUGUCACCGGCAUCAGCUUUGAAGCAUGCAGGAAAUCUUGUCUGAAUGAUUGCAAUUGCCAAGGUUUUGGGUAUUCGCUGGAUGGACAAGGACAUUGCUCGCGCAAAGGGAGUCUCCUAAAUGGGGAUAGGAGGCUGGAUUCUGCUUCAUCAAUGCAUAUAAAAGUUCGAAGAGGGGCAGUGAUCCCACAGGCAGAACAAAGGCAAGCAAGAACUAACAAUAGCUUGAACUGCUCAGCUGCAGAAGUUAUGCUUUUUGAUGCUGUUAAAAAAUAUGGCAAAUCGAAAGAGUACAUGAAGUACCUAAUUUCAUUUGUGACUAUGGUUGGAGUUAUUGAAAUGGUCUGCAUUGGUUUAGGCUGGUGGUUUUUUCUUCAAAAGCAUGUCCAUGAGGAACUGGUGAAUAUGGGCUAUAUUGCACUAGCCAUGGAUUUCAGACGGUUCACAUUUUCCGAGCUAAAACGGGCAACUCAGAACUUCAAACAGGAGAUAGGAAAGGGGGGAUUUGGGACAGUCUACAAAGGAAUUUUGAACAACGAGAGGGUCGUGGCAGUGAAGAGAUUGGAAGGCAUUUUGCAAGGAGAAGCUGAGUUCUGGGCAGAGGUGAGUAUCAUAGGGAAGCUCAAUCACCAGAAUUUGGUGAAGAUGUGGGGCUUCUGUGCUGAAGAUGAACAAAAGUUACUGGUUUACGAUUACAUGGAGAAUGGUUCUUUGGACAAAAUCUUGUUUUCAGAUACAUCCAAGACCUUGGAUUGGGACCAGAGAUACAACAUUGCCCUUGGAACAGCAAAAGGCUUAUCCUACAUUCAUGAAGAGUGCCUGGAAUGGGUGGUCCAUUGUGAUGUCAAGCCUGAAAACAUACUGCUAGAUGAUAAGCUUGAACCAAAAGUCGCAGAUUUCGGCAUGUCAAAGCUUUUCAAAGACGAUGUCGAUUCGGGUUUCUCCAGGGUCCGGGGCACUAGAGGGUAUUUGGCUCCGGAAUGGAUGAGAUUGAAGAACAUUAAUGUGAAGGCAGAUGUGUACAGCUAUGGGAUUGUGGUGUUGGAACUACUGACUGGGAGGAGAGCAUCUGGUUUCCAGCUGCAGGAAGGCCAUGAAAACGAGCACGACCAUUUGGUGAAAUGGGCGAGGGAGAGGAUCGAAAGAGGACGGCUUGGAGAAGUGAUUGAUCCAAGACUACUGAACUAUGACAAUGAUGGUGAGAGGCUGGAGAGGUUGGCGAGAGUUGCUUUGCUGUGUGUUGGGGAGGAGCGCGAUUCUCGGCCGGCCAUGAGCGAGGUGGUGCAGCUUUUAAUCGGAUAUAAUCAAUAAAGGUGAAGAAUCUUGUACAUUAAAGUAGUCUUUGCUCUUGUAGAUAUUCGUUUUGGAUAAUGCUACACCCACGAAUUGACAAACUAUUUUAAAUUACAAGUUUAACUCUCAACCAAAAUUACAAUUAAGACUCUGCUCUCACUCUCUCUUUUACUCUCAGCUCUCACAUUCUUUCACUUUCUCUCUCUCAAGCCCUUGCG